GAACACCUUUAUUUAUUAUUAUUAUUACACAGACUUUUUUUAUUAUUAUUACACCGACUUUUUGGGCAGCAUAUGAUCAACGGAAUCGGGGACACUGAUGCUACCGGCAGCUACGAUCUCCGAUGCCGACACUCGAUCUGAUUUUCCGAUCAAUCUUUCAGCCACAAAACACAAACUAAAACGUCUCUAUAUCUCUCCACCUCUAUCUACAGCCAUGAAAUCUCCAAUUACAAGAUCAACAACUUCUCUAUCUCCUCUCACAAUAUUCAUCUUCCUGGUCUUGGUUCACAUUUCGAUAGUUGGAGCUGAUGCACUUGAUUCUUUAAGAAUUCGAAGAGAGAUUAAUGGGAAAUGGCCCAUGUUUGAUUGUCCUCAAUGUAUGGAUAAGAAGGAACAAGCUAACGCAAACUCUUUGGCAGUUGGAAAUCAUAAAGUUGAGAAGGAUAUUGACAUAAUAGUGACAUACACAGACACUUCUGGUGCCAUAAAAAUUAGGACCGUGAAGUCCAAAGAUUUGUCUGCUUCAUGGGUUUGGAAAAACCCCAUUGAUGACAAUCAAAGCAAAGCGGAGGACUCAAAGCCUGAAACAAGAUUCGAGCACAGCAACCCGCAUUCAUCCAAUGAACAUGUAGAUAUAAACGAACAGCCUCAUAAAACUUCAUCUCUAAUCCAUCCAGCGAAGCACAAACGUCGGGCCUUACGUCAGGAGAGGCGGGAUCGUCGAACCGCAGAACUGAUACAAGUAAGCCAAAAAAUGAUGACCCAGAUGGAAGAAGCCGCCAUUGAACGUGCCAAAACGUUUGACACCAGUAUCAAGGGUAGAUAUGGUAUUUGGAGAAAAGAAUAUGAAAGUCCUAAUUCAGAUUCUACGGUGAAGCUUAUGCGUGACCAGAUAAUCAUGGCAAAAGCUUAUGCAAGUAUUGCAAAAGCCAAAAAUGAAACUGUUAUAUAUGAUUCGUUGAUUAAACACUCUAAAAGAAGUCAGCAAGCUAUCGAAAAAGCAACUUUUGAUAGUGAACUAGCGCCAAGUGCAGUUGAUCGGGCUAAAGAAAUGGGUCAUAUCCUAGCAUUGGCUAAGGACCAAUUCUAUGAUUGCAUCAUAAUGGCAAGAAAACUAAGGGUUAUGCUUCAAUCCACAGAAGCAAACGUCGAUGAAGUGAAGAAAAAAAGUGCAUCUUUAACACAACUAGCUGCCAAAACGUUACCGAAGCCAUUGCAUUGCCUUCCUCUAGUUCUCACCACAGAUUAUUUCUUGCUUACUGAUAAAGAUAUUAAAAUUCCCGAUAAAAGAUUUCUUGAAGAUCCUUCAUUAUACCACUAUGCCAUAUUUUCGGACAAUGUUCUAGCAACGUCUGUAGUUGUGAAUUCAACGGUUCUACAUGCGAAAGAGCCCGAAAAACACGUAUUCCAUAUUGUGACAGACAAACUAAACUUUGCAGCCAUGAAAAUGUGGUUUUUAGUUAACCAUCCGGAAGGUUCUACAAUCGAAGUUCAAAAUGUGGAUGAUUUCACUUGGCUAAACGCUUCUUAUUGUCCUGUUCUUCGACAGCUGGAGUCAUCUAGAAUGAGAGAAUAUUAUUUUAAAGCACAUCAAACGUCGUCUUUAACGGCUGGUUCGGAUAAUCUUAAAUAUAGGAACCCGAAAUACUUAUCAAUGUUGAAUCAUUUGAGAUUUUACCUUCCUGAAGUGUACCCGAAGCUGGAUAAAAUAUUGUUUUUGGAUGAUGAUAUUGUUGUUCAAAAGGAUUUGACACCUUUAUGGAAUGUUGACUUGCACGGGAUGGUCAAUGGUGCUGUGGAGACGUGUAAGGAGAGCUUUCACCGGUUUGACAAGUAUUUGAAUUUUUCUAACCCGAAAAUUGCAGAUAAUUUUGAGCCAAAUGCUUGUGGUUGGGCCUUUGGUAUGAAUAUGUUUGAUUUGAAGGAGUGGAAAAAACGUGAUAUUACGGGAAUAUAUCAUGGUUGGCAAAAUAUGAACGAGGAAAGAACUCUAUGGAAGCUUGGUACGUUGCCACCUGGACUGAUAACGUUUUAUAAUCUGACGCAUCCAUUGGAGCGGAGCUGGCACGUGUUGGGCCUUGGAUAUGAUCCUGCCCUUAACCAAACGGAAAUAGAGAAUGCGGCUGUUGUACAUUACAAUGGGAAUUAUAAACCGUGGUUAGAUCUUGCUAUCAGCAAGUACAGGUCAUAUUGGUCAAGGUAUGUGAAGUUUGAUAAUCCGUAUCUACAAAUGUGUAAUAUUAAUAGCUUCAUGUUAUCAUAAUGAUAGUGAUAUUCUUGUCUCGCGUAACAUGUAAUACGUUCAUUGUUUGUAUACAAACUCAAGGUAACAGAAUUUUGUUCAGUAAGAACAUUAUUAUACAACAUGAUUUACAGAA